UACACCACGUGAUGAUUGAAACUCUCUCUCUCUAAACUAAGAACUUUUCUCCACUUAGAAGUUUCAAGGAAAGGCUGGAAAGCUCAAAAUCCCCACAUCAAAAUCUAACAAUAUUUCCACAAACAAUUUUUAAAUCAUUACAGUAACAUUAUCUCCACCACGUGCAUGAACCAUUUCUCAUAUAAAUAUCCCAUUCACCCCUUUCAUCAAGAAAGCUCACAACUUCCUCUUUUUCUCUCUGUUUUCUCUACUACAUUUAACUUGUCAGUUGUCAUAAAUACAAAUUAAACUCAAUGCAAUAUGUAUGCAAAUUGUGAAUUAGAAAAUGAUUUUGCGAUUCUUGAAUCAAUUAGGCGUCACUUACUUGAAGACUGGGAAGUUCCGUUAACGAACUCAACAACCUCAGGUAUCAGCCAAAGUAACAGCAUUGAAUCAAACAUGUUCCCUAAUUGCUUGUCGAGUGAAUUCGAUACAGCUGAAAUUUUCGUUAACAAUAUUUUUGAUGAAGACAUUGAAUUUGGAUUCGAAUUAGCGCCUUCUGAUAUUCCAAUCCCCAAUGUCAAACUGGAGCCACAAAUGUCCAUCGAAUCACCUGAAACAUGGAAUUUACCGGAAUUUGUGGCUCCGGUUAAAGUGGAAUCUCCGUUAAUGAGCUCUGACAAUUCAACAACCUCAGAUAUCAGUCGAACCAACAGCAUUGAAUCCAACAUGUUUCCCAAUUACCUAUCCAAUGAACUCGAUACAGCUGGAAUUUUCCAUAACAAUUUUUUUAAUCAAGACACUGGAUUUGGAUUAGAACCUUCUGAUAUUCCAAUCCCCAAUGGAAAACUGGAGCCACAAAUGUCCGUCCAAUCACCAGAAGUUAUGGCUCUAGUGAGAGUGGAGUCACCUGUGGCAGCGCAGCCAAAGGCGGCGAAGCAUCAUAGAGGUGUGAGAGUGCGGCCAUGGGGGAAGUUUGCGGCGGAGAUUAGGGAUCCUGCGAAAAAUGGGGCAAGAGUUUGGCUGGGUACAUAUGAGACGGCGGAGGACGCAGCGUUGGCCUAUGAUAAGGCGGCAUUUCGCAUGCGGGGGUCGCGUGCAUUGCUGAAUUUCCCGUUAAGGAUUAAUUCUGGUGAACCUGAACCUGUUAGAGUUGGUUCUAAGAGAUCGUUAAUGUCGCCGGAAAGUUCUUCUUCAUCGUCGCCAAAGAGGAGGAAGAAGAUAGCUAAAGGGACGGAGCUGUAGGUUUUAAUUAAGGGGUCCGGUAUAGUAAUACUCCGUAAAAAGAUAAAUUAUCUGCGGGUAAUUUUUUUUUUUUUUUUUUGGGUGGCUAAGUCUAUUGAAGAUCCAACCAUUUGUUGUUUAAGUGAACAGACCAUGGAUGCAGAUCGAGAUAAAGAAGAAGAGAGAAAUCGAGAUGGAGAAAUGGUUCGGACAAGAAAGAGAAAUGGUUGACUAAAUUUAAGUUAAUGGAACACUUGUCCAUCAACCACGUGGAGAAAUCACAGCCACAAAUCAUAAAUUCUCAAAUGCAAUCUCAACCGUCUGAUUAAAACCUGCUGGACACAAUAUGAAAUUACUAGGAAGCUUCCUUCACGUGCUAGUCAUGUGAAGGAAUAUAAGUUUGUUAUUUGAUUAGCUAGGUGUACAAAUAAUAAAUAGACAAGUGUAUAGGAACAAUUUUAUUUUUAUUUUAAUUUACAUCUAGAAUACAUGUAUAUAUACAAGUUUACAGAUUCAGAAAUACAAGGAGAAAAUUUCCCAAA